AUGGACGACCACUGUAUGCCCCGUCAACCGCUGUAUGGAGUGCUUGAGGCUGGCAAGAGAGAGCAAGGCUGCCCACGCAAGCGGUACAAGGACACUGUGAACGGGCACCUUCGGUGGUGCGACAUCAAGCCCCUCCAAAAAUUGAGAAUGCAGCUAGUGACAGAAAUCAUUGGCACUCAUGGACUCACACACACUCCACCAGUCUUGAGGACGAUUGCCGUCAAAGACGCAUGGCAGCUUAUGAACUAAGCCACAAAACAACCUCUGCUGACAUCACAACAAUUCCAGUGCUCCACCUGUUCCAGACUCUACGCUUCCAGUCUGGGUUUUUAGAGCCACUAGAGAAUCCAUUGAGAUCACACAACACGCAGUCUUCUUAG